CAGAUUCUUGUUGAGUACUGAGAUGUAUAAUAGGGGAGGAGAAUGGAUACAGCAGGGGUUGCCAAGAAACAUUUCUGAUCAUUGUGCAAUGGUGUUGAAAUCCAAAUCAACAGAUUGGGGACCGAGGACUUUUAGAGUCUUAGAUGCAUGGCAACAACAUCUAGGAUUCAAGAAGGCUGUAGAAGAUAAGUGGAGAGAGAUGGCAGUGGAGGGGUUUGCAGGGUACAAAUGCAAACAAAAGUUAAAACUGUUGAAAGAGUUCUUAAAAGGAUGGAACAAGGAUGUAUUUGGAAACAUGGAAGCCCAGUAUGUGCAAGCUGUUAAAAAAAUAGAGCAGGUUGAUAUGCAGAAUGAGGUAGCUGAUCUGGAGGAAUUAAAAAUUGUUAAAAGGCAAGAAGGGUUCUCUGAGAUGUGGGAUGUUUUGAGAAAAAGGGAACUAAUCUGGAAGCAGAAGUCAAGGAGCAGAUGGAUAAGAGAGGGUGACGCGAAUACCCGUUUCUUCCAUAAAGUGGCUAACGGGAUAAGGGCGCAAAAUAAUAUUGCUGGCUUAAUGCGUGACCCAUGGAACAGACCCAAGCCCGAGGGUAUCAAAUUUCAAAAGAUUUCAGAGGAGAAAAAAGAAUGGCUAGAAAGACCUUUUUCGAUUGAAGAAAUUGAGGAAGGUUUAAGGAGCUGUGACGGUUCAAAGGCACCGGAACCGGAUGGGUACAACUUCAAUUUUCUUAAAUUUGCGUGGCAUUGCAUUAAGGAGGACUUCAUCAGUUUUUUCUCGGAAUUCCACCGGAAUGGUAAACUGGUGAGGGGUCUAAACUCUUCUUUUUUGGCUUUGGUCCCUAAAAAAUUGAAUGCUGCAAAUUUAAAGGAGUAUAGACCCAUUAGCUUGAUAGGAUGUGUUUAUAAAUUAUUAGCGAAGGUAUUGGCUAAUAGAUUGAAAUCGGUGAUGCCAAAAAUAGUGAGUGAAACUCAAUCCGCUUUCGUGGGGGGUCGCCAAUUGGUUGAUAGUGUAUUGGUGUUGAAUGAGGUAGUAGAUGAGAUAAAGAACAGGAAACAGCUAGCCUUUGUCUUUAAGGCAGAUUUUGAAAAGGCAGAUUUUGAAAAGGCAUAUGACUGCGUGGAUUGGUCCUUCUUGGACUGGAUGAUGGAUACUUUUGGGUUUGGAACAAAGUGGAGAGGAUGGAUUAUGGAGUGCCUUUCAACGGUGAGAACUUCGAUUUUGGUAAAUGGAAGCCCGACAAGGGAAUUUGAGGUUGGUAAAGGAUUACGUCAAGGGGAUCCUUUAUCUCCUUUUCUUUUCUUGAUGAUAGGUGAGGGGUUACAAGGCUUGGUACAGAAAGCAGUGGCGGAAGGAAUGCUACAUGGAAUCGAGAUUGGAAAGAAAGGGAUGACCGUGUCUUUACUUCAGUUCGCCGAUGAUACAAUAAUUAUGGGUAGAGCGGAUGCUGAGAAUAUACGAAUGGUGAAGGAUGUUUUAAGAUGGUUUGAACUUAUGUUUGGUUUGUGGAUAAAUUUUAACAAUAGCAGUAUCUAUGGAUAUAAUGUGUCGGAGGGAUGGUUAAAGGGAUCAGCAGGUAUGCUACGAUGUGGAGUAGGUCAAACACCUUUUCUUUAUUUGGGAUUGCCCAUUGGCAGUAAAUCCGGAAGAAAGAAGGUGUGGGAGCCGAUGCUGAAUAAAUUUCGUGCAAAGCUGGCUGUCUGGAAGGCUACUACUCUUUCCUUUGGAGGUCGCCUAACCCUACUGAACUCGGUACUCUCUGCGUUACCUAUUUUUUAUAUGUCUCUGUUUUUACUACCAAAGUCUGUUCUUGUGGAGCUGAUUAGUAUUCAAAGGAGAUUCCUAUGGGGUGGGCCAGAUUUAAAUAAAAAGAUUUCAUGGGUGAAAUGGGAAUAUAUUUGUCGUGAUAAGGUGAAGGGGGGUUUAGGGGUACCAGAUAUGCGUAGGAAAAAUUGGGUUUUGUUAGGAAAGUGGUGGUAUAGAUUAGGUGAUGGGGUUGAGAACUUAUGGAAAAGGGUGGUGAGGGAGAAAUAUUAUGGAGGUAGGAGUGAGGUCGAUAUUACAACGAUUGAGGGCCCGAGGGUGUCAAAGUUGUGGAGGGAUAUUAUUAGAAUGGGGGGUCAAUCUUCGAGACUAAAGAAUAUGCUAGGGGAGGGGUUCAAGUGGGAAAUGGGUGAGGGAAAUAAGGUGGAUUUUUGGCUAGAGCAGUGGGUUGGAGAUAAAACUCUUAGGGACUUAUGUCCAAGAUUAUACGCUCUAUCGGUUAAGAAGGAAGGAAAGGUUUAUGAAAUGGGAAGAUGGAAUAAGGGUAGAUGGUGUUGGCGUGUUGAGUGGAGGAGAGGUACCAUAGGGCAUGAGAAAGAUGAGGAGGUGGUGCUGGAGAGGGCGCUGGAGGGUGUUCAAGUGAAGGAGGGGGUUGGGGAUGUUUGGAAGUGGAGGCAUGCGAUGGAUGGCAGAUAUGUUGUAAAGAUAGCCUACGACUAUUUAGAUUCUAUGAAAGGAGUAUUGGAGGACCAGAGGUGUAAAUUAAUAUGGUGCCGGUUGGUACCAUCCAAAGUUGCUUUUUUUGGGUGGCGAUUGUGCUUAAAUAGACUUCCAACUAAGGAAAAUCUUCAAAAGCGUGGGGUGCAAUUGCAAGAGGAAGAGGUGUUGAAUUGGUGGGGUUUGGAGAGUGUUUUACCCAAUACAGUUAUGGGAGUGGCUGAUUUUUCAAUAGAUGUGUUGGGCAGUACAGUAGGAAAGGAGAUGGGCUCUUGUUUUUUUCUGGCAGCUGCUUGGCCGUUAUAAGUUGCUGGAAACAGCUUUUGUGUUUCUUGAGUGUAGUAGGUAAAUUGUGUUGUGUACCUUGAUUCCUCCGGACUGUACUCUGUUUUGGGAGUAUUUCUUAUGCUCCUUCUCUAAUACAUAUCGUAUGUUGCU